AUGUCCCGUCGCGCCGCCGAUGAGCCAGCUGAGACGCCAGCCCGAAAAAGUUUCUCCGCAUUGCUGCGCACAUGGACCAGAAGCGUUCCUUCCACCGCUAGCAAGUCAUUCAAGGACAACGGCAAGAGCAAUGCAAUCUGGGCUGACAAGCGCACCAAUCGCUACAAGCUUAAUCCAGUCCAGGGUCGUCGCCGCAAGCCGAGCUUGGGUGAGUACUUCAAGGCAGAGGAUGUGCAGCGCGAAACUUCUACUUGCAGCACUGCUUGCAGCAGUGCCUGCAGCUCGACACCCCGCUUGAACAUCAACACCCCAGCUACGAGUGAAGAUGAGAUGUACGAGCUCUCACCCGUUGCCAAGGUUGCGGACCGAGGACCACGCAAAGCUUCCACUUCAUGCUGCAUGGCCUUCCUGCACCUUUGA